ACCCGGCAGGACGCGCGGUACAAUAGAGCUGUUGUGCCGUGGUGGUGGACAGACUGCAACCCUAGAGAUUCCCACUGAGGUGGGAUACAAAAAAAAGGAUCUAAAUUUAAUCCACUACUGGAGCCAGAGACUGUGAUUUUUUUCUGUUGUUGUCGCGCGCUCGCUUCAAUUUCGUCCAGACGGAUAUGUUGCUAGAAUAAAUCGCACGGCGCCGCGUUUACUGAAGGAUGUUACAGGAUGAAACGUCUCAGGUCCUCAAGCAGCAGCGACAGUUCUGACAACGAAAGUCCUUCAACCUCCUUCUGCUCGUCAACCAAGUAUGGCGGUAAACCUGGAACCCCCGCCUCCAACCCGAAGAAACCGGCUGAAGUGUUCCGAAAAGACCUGAUCAGUGCCAUGAAGCUGCCCGACUCGCACCACGUCUCGCCCGAGGACUACUACCUGCUGGCAGACACCUGGAAGGAGGAGUGGGAGAAGGGAGUCCAGGUGCCGGCGAGUCCAGACACCAUCCCGGAGCCGUCGGUUAGGGCGAUUGCAGAGAAGCCGAAGGAAGUGCUGUACUCCCACCAGAGGAAGUACAUCCAGUGCUCUUGUCUGGAGUCAACUGAACCAGGUUAUGUCAACAUCAAGGAGCUGGCAGAGGCCAUGUGUCGCUACGACCUGGACGACACGGACCUCCACUGGCUGCACACGCUCAACCGAGCGCUCGAACACAUGGGGGAAGGGCCCAUAGACGAGCUGACAAUGGAACGCGCCAUGGAGGCCCUGGAGAGCCAGUGUCAUGACAACAUGAACCACGCCAUCGAGACGGUGGAGGGUCUGGGGAUUGAGUACGACGAGGACGUCAUCUGCGACGUGUGCCGCUCCCCGGACAGCGAGGAAGGGAACGACAUGGUGUUCUGCGACAAAUGCAACAUCUGUGUGCACCAGGCCUGCUAUGGCAUCGUCAAAGUACCCGUUGGCAACUGGCUGUGUAGGACGUGUGUCCUGGGCAUCGACCCGCAGUGCCUCCUGUGUCCACAGAAGGGUGGUGCCAUGAAGGCGACACGUGCAGGCACCAAGUGGGCACAUGUGAGCUGCGCCCUGUGGAUACCAGAGGUGAGCAUUGCUUGUCCGGAGAGGAUGGAGCCCAUCACUAAAGUCUCCCACAUCCCACCCAGCCGCUGGUCUCUCAUCUGCAGCCUGUGUAAACUGAAGACGGGUGCGUGUAUCCAGUGCUCUGUAAAGAACUGCACCACUCCUUUCCACGUGACGUGUGCCUUUGAGCACAGCCUGGAGAUGAAGACCAUCUUGGACGAAGGGGACGAAGUCAAGUUCAAGUCCUACUGCCUCAAGCACAGCAAAUCAAAGGCCGGGGAGGUCAGCCUGAGCCCGGCGCGCGCGAAACCCCCCGGCGAGGCGGGGAAGGUGGGCCAGCGGGCGCAGAGACUGCAGGAGCUGGAGGAGGAGUUCUACACCUUCAUCCAGCCGCAGGAGCUGGCCCCGGCCCUGGGGCUCUCGGAGGGCCUGGUGGACUUCAUCUACCAGUACUGGAAACUGAAGAGGAAGAGCAACUUUAACAAGGCUCUGCUGCCCCCUAAAGAGGACGAGGAGAACCUGGUGCUGCAGCCGCAGGAGGACAGCAUCCACACACGCAUGCGGAUGUUCAUGCACCUGCGGCAGGAUUUGGAGAGGGUAAGGAAUUUGUGCUACAUGGUGAGUCGGCGGGAGAAGCUGAAGCUGCUGCAGAGUAAAGCCGGGGAGCAGAUGUUUGACUUGCACGUGCAGCUCUUGAACCAGGAGCUUACUGCCGGUCUCCCUGCGUCAUUCCCAGUGGAGAACACACUGUUUCGUCCUCCUCCGCGGAUAACUCUAAAGCUGAAAAUGCCCAAGUCCUCAAGUCUAGGAAACGGAAAUUGCAGUUCCAAGUCUGGUAACGGACCACUCUGUCCGGACAACAGCGGGAACGUUACUGAACACACAGGCGAGGGGCUGGGUCAGGGGAAACCUCAGAUGCACGGGCGCGUUCGGCGAGAUGAUCGGCCCAACUGCCGAAUGGCUUCCUCGAGCCACUCGAACAACCCUGUGCUGUCCAUCAAACCAACGGGCAAACCUUUCUCCCUGCACGCUGCGCUCCAUGGCCACUCGUCCAACAGCAACGGCAAACUGGACCAAGCCCGAGCAUGCGUGGUCAAGUCCAACGGCCUCCUGGAGAAGUUUGCAGCUCAGAAGGACAGUUCCUGCCAGACUCCCCGUCACCAGGAUGCUUCGAACGAGGCUUUGGACAAGAGCAGCUUUCGCAAGUCUGCCAUGGAGCACUUUGGCAGGUCAUUCAAAGAGGCGACCAUCAACUUGGUUCGCACCACGGAGGACCUGAGGGCCUCUGACAAACUGUCCCGCAAGGGGUCGGCCAAGGAGAGACAAUGGGCCAAACCCAUGCCUCAACACAAGGUGAAAAGCAUGCGAUCGUACCAGGACAGUGACGGCUACUGUCCCGACCUGGAGCUCAGCGACUCGGAGCCGGAGGCCAAAGGGAGGCACCGGCGACAGGGGGACACUCCAAGGGAAGGGGUCAGACGCGGGAAACAGUCGCUGGGCUCCAGACACCCCAUGCAGAGGUGACAGCUGUUUAUUCUUUUUGUUUGUUUAGUUUGUUUUUUACUCUGCUCACUGCCACUGAUCUCUCCUGAGCCUCUGGCAGACUUCCUAAGUGCCAGGCUGUCUCUCUGAACGGGGACCAGACCAAGACCCAGCGCUGAUAGUGCUGCGUACACGAAGCAGAAGAUGUUGGAAGGGUGUUGUCGUCCAGAUCAUAAUCCAGUAGGAGAAGCAUAGCGCUGUGUUGGUGUUGGUCUUCUGAGAUUAUCAUGCUUUGCCUUUCAUUUGUGGCCAGCAUCACAUUUUGUACUCUGCACAACUUUGUAUUAAACAGCACCGUUCCCCCACACACACUGGUGCAAUUUGCCUUUUGACUAAAACUGUACAUAAGUUGUUCAAAUUGGGAUGUAAAUAUUGUGUAACUGAAACGAACAUGUUCCACUUUAUUGAACCUUUAGAGGAAUUAAAACCUAUGUAGCGGAUUGGAAGUUUUUUCGUGAACUCUGGCAUCUACUCCGCCUGUUUCCUCUCGUUCUCGUGAUGAACUAACUUGGUGGCCCUUUAUUUUUUAUGUUCGUCAAAUAUUGGAGUCACUUUUUCCUUAACGUGGAUGCCCUUUGUGUGUAGGAUUGCCGUUUCACACAGUUAGCAGUAGUACCUUCUGUUUUUGCAGAUGGUAAAUUAGAAGCAAGUGGGUUCAUGUCUCAAUGGGAGGGAACGUGUGCAAGAAAGUAUAAUUUACAUCCAUCAGGACCAACACAAAGCUGGAUGCAUUAAAGCAACGUCAGUGCAGACCUGGGAUCAAUGGCUUCCUCAGAUAACUACAUGAUCGUCAAAUAAUCAUCAAAGCUGAUUUUAUUUUUUUAAUUGAAAAGCUUUGCUGAAUAUGAGCCAAUUUUUAUCACAAAAAAAUAGUUUUAUGUAACAAAAAAUCCCACAUUUCCCAAAGGCCUCGGUGUCUUAAAACCGCUGUACAAUAACUGCCUAAAAAACACAUCACAAAAUUAACCAAACUAUGAUUUGAAGAGGACGUGUGAUCAGAGAAUAAAUACCAGCCCUUCUCCGACCCACAGACCCAGUAUCUCAGGAAAGCCUUAAGGGGAAUUUCUUCACAUUUGGCGCAAAUGUUCACUUUGACUCAACAAUGAACUAGGCUUUGCCAAAGGUCACGGUGACCUCACGAAGUUACGUUUUCUUUUCCCGGCCAUAAUUCAAGAAUUACAGCAGAAUGGGAAUGAGCGGCGGAGAUCUGACCGUGUGCUGACUAUUCAACAUUAUAACUCCGAAUGAAUGAUGGUGACCACAUUUCACAUUCGGUGAUAAUCGGUGACCGGAACCGGCAGAUCACUAAACUAGUAAAUGAAUUAAAAGUCUUUACUACCUAUAUUCUGAGUCUGGAGAGACAUGGAUGUAAACUGCAACUUGACUGGCCGGCAGAGGCACAAGUCUGUCGUGAUUUGUAGUUCGAACACAUUGCACUUGUGCCGAAAAAAACUAUUUUAGUUCGAUGCCCUGCAGGACUCUUCAUUUAGAAUUGUUCAGGUGGAAGGCAAGUUGUCAGCGUCAGUUUUUGGUGAAAAUGUACCAAUAUAUUAAACAGUUGCAAAGUGGUGUUUCAGCGUGCUCAAAUGUUUGCAUUUACCCGAGCUGACCAUCUAGAACAAAGUUUAGCAAAAGAGGGAAGCGUAAGCACGUGAAAUGUAAUCUGUAGCCCCGCCUGUAACACAUACUGAGGGGAGUGCCUUUCUGCCAGUGAAAGGGAACAGAGGUAUCAUUUGCACCAGCUGGUGUACGUCUGAAGAUUGCUCCAACAUGUUCCAUCAACCAAAAAACUGUAUAUGUUCAAGUGAAACUCUUCUGACCUAUGAAAUCAUUUUACAAAUACACGCUGUGUCAGAAGGACUCAUCAUGAACAGAGGAUGAAGCAAAGCAUUGCACUUACAUUGUGUAUCACUUUCCUCCCAUGAAGCAUCAACAAAUACUGUCAAUUCAUUUUUCUUCUGUUUGCCUUUUCAAAACAAACACUGUUAUGAGUGAUGUGGAUUGUAAAUGAACAGAUGCACGCUCCAACACUAACCCUUUUUUUCCCCCCUCCAAUUAAUAAGGACCCACAUAUGCAUUUUAACAUGAUAUGUUAAGUUUCUCCUUUGGAAAGUGAAUAUUUUUGAAUAAAAUGUUUUUUAAAAACGCAA